UGGACAGGUAGUGGUCAAGUGGUGACCAAUAAAUAUGAUUAACGAUCUCUUGAUGUAUGUAUUAGUGGUUUUUCAAGUGAAAGUUGUAAUUAAAUGAACACAAAACUACACAAAACAAAUGGUAACAAUAAUGAGUGUAAUUAAUAAAAGUCGUGCCGGAGUUUGGGUUAAUUAGGAGGAGCAGAGAAAUAAUGGUUUGCAAUAUGUUGUCAUAUCCUCCCUGAAGGACAGGUAUAUAAGAUGAGGCAUUCGCCACAAUAAUGAUUUUAGUUAACCUAAUCAUUGACCCCAUUCCCCCGUUUAGCUUAACUUUAAUGCUAUUCAUUGACUCUAACAGUGAAUAACAAGCGUUUCAAAUGCAAAACUACUGUGAAUUUAAUACUAAAUUCUUGAAAAAGGAUUUAUUUUGACUCAUAUUUCAGACAAAUUGUUAACACAUUUAGUGAUUUAUGUGGGCUUUUGUCAGUCUUUUCGCACUUAUUUUAAUUCAUGGGAUAAGAGAUGUAAACCCAGUGCCGUCUGCCUCAACAUCUCCUCUAUGGCGCGGAAGUUAUACUCAAAGUAGUUAUUGGUAUUCCGAUUAUGCCAUCGAUAAACCUCAACCAAAGAAACAAUAUCUACCGUCCCCUCAGUUCUGUCCACAGUUUGGAAGAACUAUUUGUACAGAAGUCAAGCCAUCUUAUCCCAGUGAUGACGUCUUUGAAGUGAUAAAAGCGGCGAAAGCCAAAAGAUUUAACAUUUCCAGUGAGUUUGUCGAUGAAAGUCUUAAUGAUGAAGAACCACACUUUUAUGAAGAACAACCAGAGUAUAACAAACCACCAAAACAUGAGGGAUAUGUUGUCUAUCAAACAGCCGUUCAUUACGAUAACAAUUAUCAAAAACCAAAUUAUAAUAACAGACAAAAUAAUAACAAUUAUAAUCAUCACUCUUCUUAUCCUCCAAACGAUAGUCCCUAUAACUAUGGCUUUGGAAACAAUUACAACAGCGAUGACAAUAGAGGACAAUACAGACCAUACGAUACUAAACAAAAACCUUUUGAGCAAACAAUAUAUCCAUACAAUUCUCAUUACACACCAAUGAGAUAUCCCAACGAUAAUCAUAACAAUUAUUAUCCACAACACCAACAGUCACCACAUGGUUAUCAACAGCCAUUCGACAAUGAGAUGAUAUCACAGAGACAUCAAAAUCGAUAUAAACGUCAAACGGAUCCAGUGGUUGAUCCGGUGUGUCAGUCGAGGAUGAUUUUGGUCGAACCCAAGGCUGCACUCAAUGACAAGAGUCAGUGGAAAUUUGUGGUCAAUCUUUCAGAUAGAGAUCCACGACUAAAACAGGCCAUCAAAGUGGAAGUUUGUCAAACUCCGGGUCAGUCGUGUUCUAACCACAUAUCACUGCCCUUUGGUUUCGUCAGUCGAUGCAAACAGAAGUACAUAAAGAAGAAGUUAUUAUCACUGGACUCUUCUGGUCAGAGCAUUUCAUCUGAAAACUUUUUCGCGCCUUCUUGUUGUGUCUGUGAGAUCCAGAGGAAUAAUAAACGAUAA